GCUAAUGCCCUCGAGCAACGGCGACGUAAAGACUUGAUGCGCUUUAACUUGGGCAGGAAUCAUGCGUUUGGAUAUAAGGAUACUGCUCGUGCUUCUUCGGACGACACCGUUUUCUGUCGUUGCUAUAGCGUGUGCUCACGCUCGCGCUGAAUCCUGCCUCUAAAGCUGCUCACAGACGUUGGACAGCGGCUACAUCGAUGUUUUCUCGCUCGCGCGUGUCUAGCCGCGGAAGUAGAAGCACCGAGGAACAUCUAACGACAACAGAGCAAAGAGAACGUGCAGUUCCAGUUUUUGGGGGCGGUGCAUACCCUUCAGAGUCGACGCUUAGAGUCCGCAAUGAGGCACUUCUGCCCCCAAAGGUCGACGAGCGACUCGCAUCGAUCAGUCACAAUGCAGAUGGAGACGAUGAUAGUGCUCCCAAGCUCCAGCUCGGAACCCUGAUUAGUACUACAGCUGAGACCCACGAAGUGUGGAAGAAAUGUGCCGAAGAUGUCUGGAAAGCCGAACAAGACAUGGUCGCGAAUUGGAAAGAGGAUUUGGAUAAUCUGCUGGUGUUCGACGGCCUUUUCUCCGCGAUCGUUACUGCGUUCAUUGUGGCGACAUACCCAGAACUAACUCCGACAGUUCCAGAUCAAACGCCCUAUAUCCUCAUGCAGAUCUCCGCGCAACUGGACUCGUUUGCUAUUUCUGCCGGCUACGCGAAUUCUACCCAACCAGCGUUCCCGCCGGCGCUUGCACAACCUUCGUUACCGCCUGUUCCCCGACACAUUGUUGCAUUCAAUGCAUUGUGGUUACUCUCGCUCGUUCUCACUCUCGCUGCCGCCUCCAUCUCGAUCUCAGUGAAGCAAUGGUUACAUCAUCACGUCAAACCGGAGGGGCUCAGCAGCCCAGAUCGACAAGUGCGCGUUUGGAAUGAUCGGCAUAACGCCUUGAUCUCAUGGCGUGUGGAGUUUAUUAUUGGCUUCCUCCCGGUAUUGCUACAAGGCGCGCUACUCUUCUUUUUCCUUGGAUUGGCCAUCCUACUCCAGAUGCUGGACAGCACGGUUCUCUCCAUCGCGAUGGUGCCCACCGCUCUUCUUUUCCUAUUUGCUGUUGUUACGGCAAUACUUCCAACUAUCGAUCCAACCUGUCCAUACAAGUCACAACCGGCUUCGGCUAUUUCUUGGCUUUUCGGGGUGAACAUCCACGGGAGAAACAGUUCGGACCUGGCCUCCUUACCAGAGUGACACGUUUUACGAAAGCACACUCCGACCUAUCAUGGCUUCUCUGGGGCUUUGGGAUGCUCAGACCGUAUUCGAUACAUUUUGGGAGUUUACAGAAUCGGAUCGGAGCAUCGAGUCCUGGGCGGGCCUUUCGUCCAUAGCCAUUGACCUGUUAAAUCG